CUCAUCAUUUCUUUCUCUGUUUUAAUUUCUCUCCUCUCAGAUGGCUGCUACUUCGAUAGAUCCUCUGAUCAUGUGUAGAAUAAUUGGAGAUGUGGUGGAUCUAUUUGUGCCCACAACAGCCAUGAAUGUCUACUAUGCAACCAAGCAUGUUACUAAUGGCUGCAGCAUCAAGCCUUCCAUGGCUUUCAAUCCCCCAACUGUCACCAUUUCCGGUUUGCCUGAUGAGCUUUACACCCUGGUCAUGACAGAUCCAGAUGCGCCCAGCCCUAGCGAGCCCUCCAUGAGAGAAUGGGUGCACUGGAUUGUGGCCAACAUUCCCGGAGGUACCAAUUCUGGUCAAGGAAAAGAGAUAGUGUCAUACAUGGCUCCAUGCCCAGCUGUUGGAAUUCACCGUUAUAUUCUAAUACUAUUUAGACAGUCCAUAUAUGUGGACCAAACUAUUGAGAAGCCAAAUAUCAUAACCAGAGCCAACUUCAACACUAGAGAUUUCGCUCAUCACCUAAGCUUGGGGGUUCCAGUUGCAGCUGUUUACUUCAAUGCACGAAAGGAACCCAUCAACCGACGAAAGAAUGUCUAA